AUGUCGACCAACGCAGUAAACCCGGUUCCCUUGGGACUACCAGCACUCGCAGGAUCUCCCCUUCUCCAGUACGACCGAGCAGGCCGUUGCUUCGUCACCACCACAAGAAGGACUCCCAUCUAUCCUCGAGGCGGCUCCUGGGUUCGCGCAGAAGGUUCCAACCCGCAGAUCGUCGCCCACCAACAGCUUGUCAGCUAUUACCAGAGACACCCUCCCACUCACCCAGAAGACAUAUUUGCCAUCCUACGAAUCAACAUUGAACCAGCACAAACAACAAAGAACCUACAGUCACCUGUUAACAAACAACCGUUCAAACUCCCAGACAUUCAGUAUGUUCCCAUCGAGGCUCCAGACACCGAACCACCACCUGUGUCACGACUUGACACGGCGUCUAGCCACUUUUUUAAUUUUUUCCUUUUCGUGGGCUCGAACCCGCGACCUCUGUACUACAUGCCUGAUACGGACACAUCAUAUCUACUUCGGACGCCCCCAGCUAUAGGUUUUCCUCAGUUGCUUGACCUCAAGUCGCAACAACCUGCUUCAUCCGCACCAACCAACGCACUGGUCGAACCCCCGAUGACGACGUUCACUCAAGCAGACAUCGAUCAGCGCAUCGCGGCUGCUUUCGAUACAUACCGACUUCAACAAUCAACCGCCAAUCGACCCCUCCACCUCGACAUCCCUGCUCCGGAACCCUUCAGCAGAAAGGCAGAGGAUCUUAGAUGCUUCCUUCAAUGCGUCCUUUCCUACUUUGUCACCACCAACAACACCAGACUUAGCGAUGAAGCAAAGAUCGCCUUCACUGUAGCGUUGAUGAGGAAGGACCUAGGGAAGACAUGGGCAGACGCAUAUUAUGAGAAGUCGGCAGGGGGAGUCCAGGUCUAUCCCGAUUGGGCAGCUUUUGCCACCGCCCUUGAGGAAGCGUUUUCUGAGCACGGAAUGUGUAUCAAGGCGCACCAAAUCCUGAUGAAGCUGCCCGAACGACAGAAGAAUAAGAAGACGGCGCUCUCCCUUGGAAACUAUGUCACCCGCUUUGAGCAGCUAGCGUCAAAAGCCCAGCUCAAGGACGCCGAAGUCAAUGGCGUCAACUGCACCGAAAACAACUACCACACUCUCCACGCCAACCUCAUCAAGGGACUUCCAAAGGAGCUCUACAUCUCUCUCACAACUAGGGUCGCUAGAGACCGACCCAACACCAUGAAAGCCUGGGACUACGGCGAGCCAAUGGAUAUCGAUGCCACUACAGUCGCGGCAACCUUUGCCUCCACAUUGGGAGGAAGGAAGUGGAAACUAGGAGCCAUUCUCAAUGAGGCCGACCGGAAGCUUCACAGGGACGGAAACCUGUGCUUCUACUGCCACAUCAAGGGCCACAGCGCCAAGGAUUGCCACAAGAAAGCGGCCGCACGACAAGGGGGUGGGAGGCCGAACCAGGGAGGAUCUGGGAAGGAUGACUUCUGUGCCAGAAUCAAGGCACUCUCCGCUGAUACGACCUACGAAACCCUAACCCCUAACCUGGGUGCGACCUAA